AUGACAGGACGAGCUGGCAACAAUCCGCCACCACGAUCUGUAUCACCGCUAGAUCCCUCCCUCCAGAGUAAUCCUGUACCACGGAUCCAGGACCUUCCAACACGAUUAGUGGGCCCUACAGCAGCUCCAGACGCUGAAUCAACAUUCACUACAGCACGAGAGCUUAGGUUGGCUCAUCAGCCUCCUCAUGACGACAUCUUCCAAUUUAUUCUUGAUCUCGACAAACACCAGGAAGAUCUAUGCGUACCAGGGAGGCCCGAGGACUACAAUCGAACAGAUGAGGAGGAGCUUGCGCUUGCGGACGCCAUUCGUGAUCAGUCGUGGGGAUUCUACGUUUUCGUGACUGAUUAUGACCCUAACAGCCAGUCUCGUCUGCCAGGUGCAUUGGACAAGCUCACGCAAUGCGUACAACUUAGUAUCCAACAAUACACUUCUCAAGGAACGAGCUUGUUAGUCACAGACGAGGUCUGGAAGAGAUUCCGGCUGGAUGUCGUCGAAGAUCCGGACAGACUUUCAGGUGCGUCGCUGGAUCGAGUCCGUUCAAUUUUCAUCGCUCUGGUCAGAGCUAGACGACCAGACUUUGGUGACCGCGACAUCCCUUUGCCAAAGGGCCCGAGAAACAGGUUAUGUCUGGUGCUGGAUGCCGAAACGAUUCACAGCUUGGCGGAUCUCAGUGUACCAGAGACCAGCAGCGAAGAGCUCGUCGAGGUCUACCAAAGUCUAGAUCGUCCAAUUUUGAAAGCAUUGGACGCAGAAUGGGGACGACCACAAGACUCAGACAGUCCGUACAGAGGCUGGUAUUCGACAUCGCCUGUCGAAUUGCAUUAUCUGUUUCAGAGAGUGGGAUGGAAAGGUAUUCAUCAACUGGAGCUACUUUUUGAGAUGGAGAGCAGCCGACCUCAUCUUCGGUAG